AUGAUGUGCACAAUUGGGUCUGCUUUAAAAAGAAUGCAUAACAAAGUCAAUGCUGAAAUCAAACAGGCUAACAAAUUAUUUUAUAAAAACAAAUUUAGCGAAUCUGAUGGCGACCCACAUAAAAUGGGGCAGGUCAUCAAUGAGCUUACUUCUCAUAAAUCAGGCAGGUCUUCUGUUAAGGAAUUAAGUCUGAAUGGAGUUUCUAUAACUAAUUUAACCGCUUUGUCAAACACUUUCGAUGAUCACUUCUCCACAACUGGCCCGAAACUGGCUUGCAAAAUACCUUUAAACAAUGGUCCCAGUUUUCAGGAAUUUUAA